GGCAGCGGGCUACCUUGUUCAAGAUCGCCUGUUCGGUCCUGAAGUUGCUACUUACCUGCACGCGAUUGAACAGUGAUGUCCUGGGAAACCUCUCAAGGUUCCCAAAAUCAUCAAUCUACAAAUCACUGGCUUUCAUAUGAAUGACUCAGGUAAGGCUUGAUGUGUGGGAAACAAGGUCGGACUUAAGUUUAGAGACCAGUCCGCUUGAGUCUUGAAGACCGGGGUUUACUUACACAUGAUAAUAGUACACGGACCUUCUCGUUUUCGCAACGUCACUAGAUGGAAUUUGAAAGCAAAGUACUUGAUUGCGAGGAUUGGGGCUUUUAUCGUUCAACCUGAAAGCACCUGCAUCGGUCAUCUAUAGGUUCUAGUACUCUCUCCCUGGGAGAAAUCUUGUAUGAACUUCAGUCGUUUCUCACGCCCAUUUGAUCCCAAAAUUGAGACUCAAGUUCCAUUGCCGAUACUACAACGAAAGCCUUGACUUUAAUGUCAAAGGAUAAUUCCGUUUUUGUACAAGAUAAUCCGAUUCCGCAGCCAGGUCCAAGAGAAAUCCUCUUCCGUGUGAGAGCAGUUGCGCUUAAUCAUGUGGACGCUCUCUAUACAUACAACAUAAUUGUGGCGCAGGAGUAUUGUGUGAUCGGUAGCGGCUUCGCUGGAGAGGUCGCCAGUGUUGGCAAAGACAUCCAAAACAUCAACGACCCUCGAGUCAAGGUCGGAGCUCAUGUAGCUGGAUUCGUUCAAGGCGCGUGUUCGGUUAACAACCGCCCAGGAGCCUUUGCCGAGUACCUCAAUAUUCCUAGAAGAGUGCCACUCCAAGAGGCAGCCACCGUUAGUCUGUGUGGACUUACAGCUACUCAGGGUGUCUUUCGUCGACUUGAACUCCCAGGGCCAUUUAUCGAGUCUCAGAAUAUUAACCACCUCAAACUCGACGAAGGGGAGCCCGUGAACGUGUUAGUUUGCGGGGCAACAACCUCACUGGGCCUAUUUGCCACACAGCUCGUGCGCCUGGCUGAGAGAAUUUCAGGGACGAGGAUCCGUCUCAUCGGUGCCGCCAGCAGGGCAAAGCAUGACAUGCUGCGCCAAGCUCCUUACUCAUACAAUGAGUUAGUUGACUACAGAGACUCUGACUGGCAAAUAAAGGUACGUCAGGUCUGUGGCGCAACUGGCGGAGUCCACUACGGCAUAGACGCGGUCUCGCAGUCUCCGUCCGUCGAACAUGUGCAUGAUACGUUGGUCGCCGAGGGGAAGUUGGCAGUUUUCAGAGCAUCCGCUCUCGCAGGGUUCGAUCCAUCGAAACUCAGGGUCAAGGCGGUCACAGGUGCGGUCUGGGAGGGUCUUGGUGUAGAAAUCCAAUAUCAAGGCGUCACAUUCCCAGCCAACCCUGGAGCCCAAAAAGUCAAGUUGCAGGCAAACCCGGUUCGUCUGAUGCCAGGAGGACUUUAG